AUUGAUUAAUAAUAUUACUGAACUUUAUAAACAUUUAACUUAAUAAACAAGAAGAAAAAAUCGCUAAAUAAAAACAAAAUGAGCAAGUUAAUAUUGUUAACAUUUGCUAUUAUAUUAGCAACAUGCAUGUUGUCCUGCAUAUCAUGUGAAUCGGGUGAGUGUUCGUGGUAUGGGACGGGAUUGAAAGGGGCGCUGACGGCCAGUGGCGAAAAGUUUGAUCCCAAUGCUCUGACAGCAGCGCACAAAACAUUGCCUUUCGGUACAAUGGUUCGGGUGUCGUGCAAUGGCCGUACAGUUGUUGUCCGUAUUAACGAUAGGGGACCGUUUGUUGCCGGACGUAUACUUGACCUCAGUGUUGCCGGUGGUCAACAGCUAAACAUUAUCAAUGCUGGUCUAUGUCAGUGCACUGUUGAUAAAGCAUAACAACA